AUGUCAGUGCAAACAUUUAGCAAGACUUUGGAACCUUCAGGAUCUAUUUCUGGGAAGUUAUUAGAUGUUAGUGUAACUAUUCCAGUUGACUUAAGUAAUAACAAGAUACCAAUUACGGUUACAAUUGGUAGCAAAGAAGGAGGUAUCAAUGCUGGUGAGAAUGAUACCGGGAAUGAUAUUAACAAUUUAAAAUUGUUAUGUUAUUAUUAUUCUAUUUCUAGAAGAUCUGAUAAGAACGAUGUGGUGAGUACAGUUUUGCUAGACACCAGCAUUGACAGCGUCAGAGAUACAACUAGACAAUUGUCGACAUUGCUUUGUAAGAAAUAUAGACAUCCAUGUUAUGUAGCAUGGUCUUCCGACGCAUCCAAUACCAAUGACAUGUUUGACCAAAUAUCAAUCAUUAAAACUUGUGUCCAAUACAUACACGAUAAGAUUAGUACAUAA